AUGGCGGACGCAGCCAAUAUCUGUGCCAUGUGCAACGAACCUGCAAUGGCCGUCUGCACCCGUUGCUGCAGCAUCAAGUACUGUUCGAAGAACUGCCAGAAAGUCGACUGGCCUAUCCACAAGCCACUUUGUUGUGCUUUCUCUACCUUCGGCGUCGACAAGCGCCCUAGCGAGGACCAUGUCAUUGCGCUCCUCUUCCCGCAGGACAAAACCAAGCCUCAGCUCAUUUGGCUUCAUUGUCCAUGGCAACGCGACAUAGAAGACAAUCCUACUCGACAACUUCCCGAGUAUAAGGAGCUCAUCGGCGAGAACGAUCUUAUCGGAGUCAGCUCACUUCAGUUCGACACUCUUCUUGACCGCGAAAUUUACGACACCAUUUCAGUUCUCUAUCGCGAAAAUUUCCUCGCAGACGGCUCCAAGUUCAACGAAAGCAUCUCACACCUGAAGCCUGCUGGAGUUGGCCAUCAUUGGUGUGGCCCGGUUAUAGCUUACGUUGGACGAGGCUCGGACGACCAUCCGCGGGCAAUGCGCGACGUUAACCUCGGUGAUUACAGACACGUCGUGGACUUUUUU